AUGGCGUCCCCCAUGACGGAGAGUCGUAUCGAGCCUCACAAAAAAGCACACUUCAGCCUGCACAUUAGCGACCGCAUAGCGAACGGCGAUGCCCCACGAGGAGGCUACAGCAGCGUCAAAUACAACCACAAGCCAGCGCAGACCUCCGAAUCCCGAACAACGACCCUCACGUCUGCCUCUCCCAACAAAUACAACCUUCGAGUCGAGGACAAAAGCAGCUCAGGCAACAAAGACAUAUUCACCUUCACUGGCAAUCGCGCCGCGACCAAGAAGUCAAAGCCACCCUCGAGCCGCUAUCAGACGCAUAUACGUUCAACCUCGCGACCAGAAACAAAAAAGGAUGUAUCUUCAGAAUACGCCAAGAUAUAUCCAAAGAAGAGCAAGGAGGAACAGCAGCAGGACGAGGGUGAUGAUGAUCUAUUUGGCCAAGCAGACGGAGACGACGAGUCCGGAGACCCCGAUGCAAGCAACCCAUACGACUUCCGCCAUUUCCUAAGCAAGGAGAAGGAGAAGCGCGGUGACGAGUCCGAGUACUACAAUGCGUCAUCACCAGACAACCGAGCAGGCACAGGCAGCGCCAUGAACACGCCCCAAUUCGGCGCCCGCAAACCCCCAGAAGCCGCCCCCGCGAAGCCCAAACCCGCAGAGCCCGUGCCCAAGAAGCGCAAGACCGCCGAAUCUGGCAUGUUCAUGAAGAAGAAACCCGGCGUGAAGAAAGCCCAACCACCACCCUCCAUCAACCUCGAGCGCCGCGCCUCGGAACGCCUCGUGCCCGACGCUGCACCAAAGCCUCGAGCCAAACCAGCUGGCCCGCCAGCUUCAAAGAUCAAAUCCGCCGAGCUCGUCCACUCCUCAGACGAAUCCGACGCCGACGCGGAGGGCGAACCCGAGCCAAUCUCUUCCCCGCCGAGACAAGCACAACGCUCACCAUCGCCCCGCUACCAACCCGUAUCCGACGAAGACGCAGACGGCGACUCCGACUCCGACGGCGGCGUGCUGGAAAUCGAAGUGCCCGAUGCCCGCUCCUCGCGACCGCGAAACGGCGGCGGCGCGCUGAAAUCUCUCGGCUACGGGCAGAACCUCGGCGUGGGCGGUGGAUUUCGAUCACCCUCGAAUGGGCCCAUAUCGCUCGCCAGCGCCACGAAUAGUGCGCAGGGCUCGCCGAAUCCAAACGCGUACAAUAAUCGUGCGCAAGACGAUACUGUCAUUGACUUUGGCGAGUUGGAGAGCGACGAGGAGGAGGAUGAUGAUGGGGAUGGGGAGUUGGAGAUUGAUGAGGGGGAUCAGGAUGGGGAUGGGGACGGGGAUGUGGAUGAGAUGGAUAUUGGGCCGCCGGCGAGGAAGGCUAGUGUGGCGGCGCCGCCGGCGGACGAGGACGAGGAGGAUCCGUUGUAUCAGGAGAUGAUGGCGGGGUUGGCGGAUGGGGACAGUAGUGAGGAAAGUGAGGAGGAGUAG